GGGGUCAGGAGAUAAAGCAGAAGCUGGUAAGUGUCCCGGUUUGUGCCCCUAGCUCUCGGUGCACAGCGUUCCUGCGAAACUGCUUCCACGGAAAGGGACCUGCAGGAAAUUUCUCUGGACGCUGCUGACACUGACAGACCCGGUGCCCCUGGGCCUUUCCAGUUUUCCUGGCAGGUUGAUUUCGAGGCAACAUGUCCGCUUCAAUGAAGGAAUGCCUUCAGCUUCAGCUGCUAGAGAUGGAAAUGCUGUUUUCUAUGUUUCCUAACCAAGGAGAAGUAAAACUUGAAGAUGUAAAUGCCCUGACCAAUAUAAAGAGAUAUUUGGAAGGCACAAGGGAGGCGCUGCCCCCCAAAAUUGAAUUCGUGAUUACACUGCAGAUUGAGGAGCCCAAGGUGAAAAUUGAUUUGCAAGUAACCAUGCCUCACAGCUACCCCUAUGCAGCAUUGCAGCUGUUUGGACGGUCAUCUGAACUUGACAGACAACAGCAGCUCCUUCUCAACAAAGGUCUCACUUCUUAUAUUGGGACUUUUGAUCCAGGUGAGCUCUGCGUCUGUGCAGCAAUCCAGUGGUUACAGGACAACAGUGCCUCCUAUUUCCUGAACAGAAAGCUCGUCUACGAACCGUCUACACAAGCAAAACCAGUCAAGAACACAUUCCUUCGAAUGUGGAUCUACAGUCACCAUAUAUAUCAGCAGGAUCUACGGAAAAAGAUUUUGGAUGUGGGGAAAAGGUUAGAUGUGACUGGAUUUUGCAUGACAGGAAAGCCUGGUAUAAUCUGUGUGGAGGGCCUCAAGGAGCCCUGUGAGGAAUUCUGGCACACCAUUAGGUAUCCCAACUGGAAACACAUUUCCUGUAAGCAUGCCGAAAGCAUCGAAACGGAAGGAAAUGGGGAGAACCUGCGCCUCUUCCAUUCCUUUGAAGAAUUACUGCUUGAGGCCCAUGGGGACUAUGGAUUAAGGAAUGACUAUCACAUGAAUCUAGGCCAGUUUUUAGAAUUUCUCAAAAAACACAAAAGUGAGCAUGUUUUCCAGAUAUUAUUUGGUAUUGAAAGCAAAAGUUCAGACUCCUAGGAAGCUUUUAAGAAGCUUAUGCUUGUAAUUUCACUAAGUCAGUGUUAAUAAGACCAAAAUAAAAGGGCCGGUGUCUGGUCAGCAUCCUCCGUGAGAAACCUAGCUCCAGAAUUUUCACCUGGUAGUGAAACACACAGGCCUUUCAACUUUAUAACAGUGCAGUUUUCAUGUUACCUCUAUGUUCUUGUGUUGAGAACUAUUUAAUUGUAAAUUAAUAAAAAGCAGUCAAUU